UCUGCUGCUGCUGCUGCUGCUCGGCGCGGGGAGCGGAGCCGAUCGAGCCGCGUUGCCAGCGCCGGGCAGAGAGAGGGAUGCUGCGUGUGCGGUGCCUGCGAGGAGGCAGCCGGGGGGCCGAGGCCGUGCACUACAUCGGGUCGAGGCUUGGAAGAGCCGUCACAGGAUGGGUGCAGCGAACUUUCCAGAGCACCCAGGCAGCCACAGCCUCCCAGACGUCCUGUGUUGCUGCUGAGGAAAACAACAAAGCCCCUGACCCUGUCCCCGAAGAUUGCCCCGUCUGCUCGCACAAUGAAUGGGACCUGCUCGAGGAAGUCAUUGUGGGGAGAGCCGAAAAUGCCUGCGUCCCUCCUUUUACUGUGGAGGUCAAGGCGAACACCUAUGAGAAGUACUGGGGAUUUUAUCAGAAACAUGGUGGCCAGAGCUUCCCCCCAGAUCAUGUCAAGAAAGCAACUGCUGAAAUAGAAGAGAUGUGCAAUAUUUUGAAAAUGGAAGGUGUGGCUGUCAAGAGGCCAGAACCACUUGACUGGUCGGUCCGAUAUAAAACACCUGACUUUGAAUCUACCGGUAUGUACGCAGCCAUGCCGAGGGACAUUUUGCUGGUAAUUGGAAAUGAAAUCAUCGAAGCUCCGAUGGCUUGGCGUGCCCGUUUCUUUGAAUACAGAGCAUAUCGACCCAUAAUCAAAGAUUAUUUUCGCCGUGGGGCUAAAUGGACCACAGCACCAAAGCCUACCAUGGCUGAUGAACUUUACGACCAGGAUUAUCCCAUCCGCACUGUGGAAGACAGGCACAAGCUGGCUGCCCAGGGCAAAUUUGUCACGACUGAAUUCGAGCCGUGCUUUGAUGCAGCUGACUUCAUAAGAGCCGGAAGAGACAUCUUUGUGCAAAGAAGUCAGGUUACCAACUUCCUGGGUAUCGAAUGGAUGCGAAGACACCUCGCUCCUGAGUACAGAGUGCACACCAUCUCUUUUAAAGAUCCCAACCCCAUGCACAUCGAUGCCACGUUUAACAUCAUUGGGCCGGGCCUUGUGCUUUCUAACCCCGAUCGCCCAUGCAAUGAGAUCGAACUCUUCAAGAAAGCAGGUUGGACGGUGGUUCACCCUCCAUUGCCCCUCAUUCCGGACGACCACCCGCUGUGGAUGUCCUCAAAAUGGCUGUCCAUGAACGUCCUGAUGUUGGGUGAAAAACGUGUGAUGGUGGACGCCAAUGAGAUCCCGAUCCAGAAGAUGUUUGAAAGUUUAGGGAUUUCAACAAUCAAGGUCAACAUCCGCCAUGCCAAUUCUUUGGGAGGAGGCUUCCACUGCUGGACCUGUGACAUCCGUCGCCGCGGCACCCUGAAGUCGUAUUUCGAUUAGGGAGGGACCGAGUAAGCCCUCCCUGCGGUUCAGUUUGCAUAAAAUAGCUGUAGGAAGAAGAGGCCGGUUUCAUCUUUCUGCUUUAAAACAGAGAACGUGAAUGCAUGAGCUGUAGAACUUGGAACAAUGGCGCCCUGAACAGAGGUCCCGCAGACGGUUGGUUUGAAGGGCCAGUUUGCACAUUAUGUGGAAGACAGCCACAGUGCGUGUGCUCCACAGGUCAGUCACGUGAUGAGCAUAAUGUGUGCAUUUGUCCCCUGCUUAACGCUUUUCAGUGUACAAAUGCAGCCUGCUAUUCAGAAGGCCCUGCUGCGUGCUGCAGCCUGAAUCGCAGAAUUCACUUCCCUUAACUAUUCCUCUUACAGAGAAAUACUGGUCUUGAAAGUGCUCCUACCCUGGGUAGGAGCACCUUGGUGGAGCUGAAGUAAUGUAGUGACACACAACCGAACUGUACAGGGCAUUGGGGAUCUCCCACCAGAUCCCCGAUAUAUAGUUUAGCUGCAAAAAAGCCACUACAGGGGGCUAAAUAUCCAUCAAGGUCAUAGCACCAGGGAAAGGGAAUGUGUGUUAAACCUCAGCUUCCCACACCGUAUCACUGAUUAUCAGUGCAUUUCUACACAGAGUUAUAUUCUUCUGAGUGCGCUGACUUCAGUGGACCGUAGCACAGAAUGUGCAUGCAUGUACUUACGGUUGCACUGAAAUACGUAUCUCCUCUUCUCCUCCCUUUGCUACAUUUAGCCCUGGUAAUGAAAAAGACAGGUGCUGAUAGCUUACCUAAACUUUUUCCCUAGCGGGGCUAAAAGCAGGCUAGCUUCCAUGAGGGAAAUAGAGGAGGAAGGAAGAGGGCUUUUUUAAAAAAAAACCCUUCUGGAGCAUCACGGCUCUGAUCCAUAUUGAGUGCAGCUGCAUUUUGAGGCUAAUUAGGAGAUCCAGUUGUGAGUCCGCAGCGUCAAGCAUUUUUGGCCCUUGAAAAGGAACUGUGAUCCAGGCUUCAGCCCUUUCAAAGCUUGGCCACAACAAUGGUUUAGGCAAGCAAUACAUCUCUCAGCCCCUGCCAUAUGAUUUUUUUUAAAAGGCCUACCUUACAGGACUGUUGUAAGAAUUAUCGUGACACUAUGCAUGAAGUAUUUUGCACACUGAAAGCAUUAAGCAUUAAGUAUUACUAGGUUCUGAAACCAUCUUUGGUGUAUCCCAUAAAUCAUGUAAUUUGCAGAAUGGCCCUUAGCUAGGGGAGUCCCAUCCUCAGCAGCACAGGUCCUCUGGCUGGCUUUUUGAAAGAUUUCCUUCUUUACGUGAAGCCCAGGUAUACAAAUGUUGGCAAUAUUUCUCAUUCUCCUAGAGGUUGGCCAAUGAUGUUACCCAUCUACCUCCGCUUGAACUUCUAUCAAAAAGGCAGCUAGAAAUGUUAGACCUGAGUUUAACGUUCUUUCCAAUCAGUGUUUUUUAAAAAACUGCGUGUAUGUAUACCACACUUUCUUUUUUAACUAAAAAGAAAAUUAGAGCAGCCUAAAACAGCGUGGCUUGGAUCCUGAAUUGCUGUUCUGUCAGGGUAACCGCAGUUCCUCUGACUGAACGGCAUUUCUGUUUGCAGAGGAGUGGGUGAUUUUCACCAGUUCUCCCCUUCCCAC